UCUCAGUGGGGCGGGGCCGGCGUCUCUCUGCUGUCGUCACUUCCGUUUCUCUGUCAGUCGCUACUGAGCGAGCUGGAGGCAGUUUGGCUACUGGAGCGGAGCAAUGCCUAAGUCAAAGGAACUUGUUUCUUCAAGCUCUUCUGGUAGCGAUUCUGACAGUGAAGUUGACAAAAAGCUAAAGAGGAAAAAGCAAGUUGCUCCAGAAAAACCUGUAAAAAAGCAAAAAACUGGUGAGACCUCCAGAGCAUUGUCAUCCUCCAAGCAGAGCAGCAGCAGCAGAGAUGAUAACAUGUUUCAGAUUGGGAAAAUGAGGUAUGUUAGUGUUCGGGACUUUAAAGGGAAAGUCUUAAUUGAUAUUAGAGAAUAUUGGAUGGAUCCAGAAGGUGAAAUGAAACCAGGAAGAAAAGGUAUAUCUUUAAAUCCUGAACAAUGGAGCCAGCUGAAGGAACAGAUUUCUGACAUUGAUGAUGCAGUAAGAAAACUGUAAAAUCAGAGCCAUAUAAAACCUGUACUGUUCUAGUUGUUUUAAUCUGUCUUUUUACAUUGGCUUUUGUUUUCUAAACAUUGUUUUCCAAGCUGUUGUAUAUUUGGAUUGCAGAACAAUUUGUAAGAUGAAUACUUUUUUUUAAAUGUGCAUUAUUAAAAAUGUUCUGAGUGAAGCUAAUUGUCAGUUUUAUUAAGGAGGAUUGCUUUUGUGUCCACCACCUAGUGUAAAAUAAAAUCAAGUAAUACAAUCUUAACUGUUGUGGCCUUCUUUGAUCAGAAGAGUUGAUACUGUUUAAGGCCAAAAAUAACAGUUUAUCUACCUUUUAGUUUCAGCUCAGCCUUUCCAUUCAAAAGGGUUUGCUUUGCAUUGAAUUUAUAAACUUUUGAUUUGUGAAAUUCAUAGUUGAUCUGUUCUAAUCAGAUGUCUGGACUUGUUUGAUUUUUUUUUCCCUGAUCUCGGUGAUAUUUCACUUUCCCCCUUUUUCUUCCCUUCUGUUUCCUUCUAAGAACUAUCUUGUCAUGUUCAAUUUUCAUUUUGCCUUUGCUCUUUCUCUCGAAUAUGUUGUGCUAAUUUGGAAAGUCUGAAACUGUCAAAAUGUUAGUUAUCUCAAUAAGGUACUUGUAAGUAAAAUAUAUGAGAACUACAAUCACUAAUUCUACUGUAUUAAGUAUUAGGAGAUAUAGUUUGAUAAACAACAUGGCUUGUUUGAAAACUCCGAGCAAGUAAAUGUAUGUCAUUACCUGUAGUAUUCUGUGUAGUUGUUAUCUUAUUGCUUAGUCUGCAGAAAAUAAUAACUUAGGUGUCUGAUUUGCUUUCACUUAUUAUACAUACUCACCCUGGGAUGAUGUCUAUAAAAUCAGAUAUUGUUACAUUAGACUAGGAUUUAAUAAAAAUUAUGAAAGCUUACUGGCCUAACAUUUUAUUUUAUAGCAUUGAGUAUGGAUUAUGGACAGCCAGAGAUAUCACUGAGCUUAACUGUCAUAGUAAAUGUCAGUUUUUAGGGGAAAGAGCAUAUUGAGCACAUAUUUGUGAUUUUUGGCCUUUGCUUCAGUAGACUUGGUUCUUUUGCAGUUCAUCUACUGGACAAUGGCGUUCUAGACUUAAUGUUACUAAGUUUUAGCAGGCACUCUGAAUUGAUUUUCAUUGAGCCAUAAUGAUGAAGCAGAAAUAGGCUGAGGCACAGAUUUCAGGGGUUUUGUAGCAAUAAGUAGGGCAUGGUGUGCCUUAGAAUGUAAAGGAACUGUAACAGAUUAAGGCAGCAGUGAAGAGGAAGGAAUUCUCUUCACUCUAGAUGAUGACAUACUGAUAUUUUAAUCACAUUGACAGGACAUAGUUCUAGAUAGAACAGUAAAAAGAAAGAUUUAAAGAUGUGAAAAAUUGUUUCUGACAUUUGGUAGCAAAUCACAAAUGGUUACUGCCAUAUCAGAGAGUUGCACUAUAAUACCAAGUUUGAUUAUUACGUCUAAAACAUUUUAUAGUAGAAUUGUCAAGGACUUAUUUCAAAACCAUCUGCCAGGCCACAUGGAGUUACUAGUUUUUUUUUCUGGCAGCUAUGUUUCUUUGACAUUUUUAAGAUUUUUUUUAGAAAUGUUUUUAAGCAGUAACCCUAAUAUGUGCAUUAAUUGAGGAAAUAAAUCCUCCUUUCUGAUAUUUUAGCCUAUAUCACAUAAUAGGUACCAAAGUGUUCAGAAUACGUAUUUUAGACAAAUCAUACUUGUUUGAAAACUUCCCCCUCAUUUGGGAACAUAGUAACUGAAUUGGGUAGAUUUAUAAAGAUUCUUUAUUAUAUAUACAGAAAGAGUAGUUAGAACACAUAACUAUGAUUUUGGUAUAAAUGAAAAGGGAAUAAUGGGCAACUUUCCUAGGUUUAUGUGAAAGUAGGAGGUACAUGCAUAUUGAAACAAUCUGCUAGUACAGAGAUGGUGCUGAAAUCUGUUACCUAGGCAUUUUCUAGCUGUUUAACAUUGUCAUUAACACUUUCACCUAAGGAGUGUUUCUCUGGCACAUUUUUGGUAAGGUUCUUGGUAAAUUCAUUUCGAUAUAUUACUGAAUAUAUAAUAUACAGAAAUUAUCAGUCUCUUGUGUGUUUAGAAAGGGAUGAGAACUAGGUUAAAAGAAGAGAAAAUAACUUGUGCUGGAAAGAAAAGAUAGGGUAAUGUUUUUUGUUUCAACUUUAGCUUCUUGGUAAGAUUUCUUCCAGGAAGAAAGUAUGGCAUUUUGAGGCAAUGGUUUCUUACCUGGUAAGGCCAAAAUUAAUUGAAUUCAUGCCAGCCCUUGAACGUGUGCAGUAGCAGGGGCUCUCUAAUGAGUUUUUCUUCUGUGUCUUUUUAAACUACAGGUAGCAUCUGACCAAUUUUCAGGGCUCUUGGCAUUUUAUUUAAAGAACAACCUCUAGAAAAAAAACUCUUAAUUUUCUUCUUCUUUUGCUUCAUAAAUGCCUAAGAACUUCUUUUGAAAGAAGAAUGCUCCUACCUCAUUAGCCAGUCAAAAUGCUGUGAUGAUCAGCUUAUUCUACAUGAUGUGUUUAGGAAGAGAGGAAAAAGUGUACAUCCUGGCUUGGCUAUUGAGGGGAAAAGUGAAAGAACUGAGUAUUAAUUAUUAUGCGUUCCUGAUGGGGGUAUAUUAGAAGAGUACUAUAAAAUUCUGAAAUUUAAAAGCGCUAAUACUUAGGAUGUCUCCUGAAAUUAUUUGCAACUCACUUUUUAUGGAAAUUCAGAGAAACACUCAAAACACUUUUUUCUUUUUUAAAGUGGUGUUUUUCUAGGUAAACUCUAGUGGUAAACAUUCACAUGGUUAACAAAUAUGUAAUUCUGUACUUGUGGAAUACCUGUCUGCUUUGUUUGGUACAUCUUCCAUGGAGAUGUCGAUGAAUAUAAUACUGCAUCUGUGAAAAUAUUUUAAAUGUUGAAAUAAAAACAAGAAAUGUG